AGCUCCGGCUCCGGAGUCUGUAUCAGGGCAGAGCAGGCUGGUCUCCAGCACAGAGCGUGGGAGAGAGGGAGGAAGAAGGACCCAGAGGGGGGUGACGAGUGUGUGUCCCCUUGUGCCUGCCCGUCUGCCUGCACCCCAGGAAUGGGGGCCCCAGUAACCCCGGCCUGCCUGCUGCUCCUCCUGCACCUCACAGCUGGGACGUCUGCAGAGCCGCACUAUGUGGUGGUGAGCCCAGCCGAGCUCUACCACCCGCACUCGGGGACGGUGUCAGUUCAUCUCAGCGACCUCAAUGAGACCGUCUGGGUGAGCGUCCGGCUGGAGAGGGAGGAUGGGCCCAGCGCUAUCACCCUGCUGGAGAGAGAGGUCUGGGAGCCCCAUCUGCACGAGAACGUGCGCUUCCAGGUUCCAGCCCCGUCCGGGGGGCAGCAGGAAGUUGCAGAGCUGCACGUCUCGAUCCGGGGAGAUGCCCUGCAGUUCUCUGAGCGGAAGAAAGUGCUGCUGCGGGCGCUGCAGCCCAGGACCUUUGUGCAGACGGACAAGGCCGUCUACAAGCCGGGACAAACAGUGAAGUUUCGAAUCGUCAGUUUGGACAAAGACUUCAUUCCCAGUACCCGGAAGCUGCCCCUGGUGACCGUGCAGGAUCCCAGCGGGAACCGCAUCGCCCAGUGGCGAGAUGUGACUCCGCAGCAGGGCAUCGUGGAUCUGUCCCUCCCACUGUCUGCAGAGCCGGCCCUGGGGACGUACGCCAUCGAGGCGCAGGGGACGAGGCACUCAUUCAGCGUGGAGGAAUACGGUGCGCAGCGGGACCCAGUGCUGCCCAAGUUCGAAGUGACCCUGGAACUGCCCCCCGUGGUGACAGUGCUGGAUGAGAUGCUCCUGCUGCGGGUGUGCGGCCGAGACACCUAUGGGAAUCCCAUUCUGGGGAGGGUCGAGGCCAGCCUGUGUUGGGAGAUACCAUUUUACUGCACAUUGCUUCCUGGCAAGACUGACACCAAUGGCUGCUUUUCCAGAGAGGUGAACAUUCCUCGCUUACUGCCGACCAACUCUGGCUAUGGAAUGAGCUUCCAGGCCAAGGCGUCUCUCAAGGAGGAGGGGACAGGGGUGGAGCUCAACGCGACCAAGAGCUGCAAGAUCGUGUCUAAAAUCCCUAUAGUGACCUUUGAGGACGCUGACGAGACCUACAAGGCUGGAAUCCCCUACACUGGCAAGGUAACAGGAUUACCGGUGUGA